ACUCGGUCUUCCCAUCUGCACGCUCAUUUCGUCAAGCAAGUUUUAUUACAAACUUUAAGAUUUUUAAAUAUUGUGUUUUACCAUUGAUAUAAAAAAUAAGUUUGUCCAUCACACCUAUUGGCACACUGAGGGCAGUGUGCAAAUUGCAGCCAAUAUACUGCCCAGUCGAGUAACUGUGGCGGCCACCGGACUAAACUGGCAUCCGGAACAUGCAUUGUCGAUGGUGAACGGAAUUGGGCUGCCGCAUAGUUGUGAUUCUGCUGUUCAUGUGACAAACGGUGUUGGACCAUUUUCUUCAAUAUCUACACAACAUACACAACAGCAGCAGUUGCUUAUAGACAACAUAAACAAUUGCAAUCGACAACAAGUAGACUACGAUUACACACAACAAUAUUCAGUGACAUUUCCCAUCACUGAACUGGAACAGCGUGAGACGCUUAAUCUUGAUUUCAACACUCCAACACAAUCAUUACCGGAUCGACGUCUGGAAACCAUACAACGUGCCUUGGACUUGAUUUACGAGAUCUUCGAGAAUCUGCAACCGGACAGACUGUUGGACAUUCUGCUGCUGCAGCGUAAACUGAACGAUGUACGCGAUUAUCUGUUAGCUGAAAGUCAAGAAAUAUCGCCGGCAUUCAAUACCGCUUUGCUGCUAAACGAGCUCGAUCAAAUAUUAACUGCGGUAUCCUCCAAAAUCGAUAGCGCAAUCUCAAAUCACGAUUCGAUGGGAUUUGAUCUGUUAAGCAAGAUUCGUCACUGGUUUCUGCCGGCCGGACGAAACAACGCCAAGGAUUCAUCCAAUCCUUCUGUCGACGAAAUUGAAUCUAACCGCAAGCGCUGCCAUCAAAGUGGAAGCAACGAAGCCACAGCAGAACGUCUGAUUAAAUAUCGUCGAGUGGAUAACACAUUUCCCAAAUAUAUGCCGAAUGACGUGGAUGACUACAGCCACAUGGCGGAUCCCAAGCAGCGAAAGGAUCAGGAUAGCAAUACUGCAAUGCAAUGUCAGCCCCAAAAGCGUCUUUCGAUAUUCAGCGCGCCACAGACGCGUCAAGUCCGCGUCCGCAAUAAUCAAACAACGGCAAUCGAUCUUUCCGACUGUGAGGAACAGGAGCAUAGUGAGAGCAAUAUGUAUCAAGCGUUUUCCGAUCGACUCGGCGUAGAUGUGCCAGGGAUGUCGCGUGACUUUGGACGCGUUCCUUUGGCGAGCAGACCACUGUACUCGGAUGCAGUGCGCUAUAGUAUAAAUGGUUUUGGAGGUGACCUGAACUAUCCACGUCCAUCCAGCAGCCCCUCAUCAUCCGAGGCUCGUUUAAAUGGUCAUGCCAAUCACAUUUAUGACUCGAGUGCCAACAAAGACAAUUUGUUGGCGUUGGAGGAUCAGCGCAAUGAGCGUAACCAGUAUAUUAAUCUAAUCAACAAUCUUACCCUGCGCGAGCAUGAGCCAACUCCUCGUCGCUCCGUCACAGCUCGUGGCAAUGAGAAGCCGCCAACUCCACCAGGUCUGCAGCGUAUCAGCGAUAGUGCCGACGAUUGGCUACGCGGCCUCAUUAAGAACAAGCCAGAGCCGGAGCCACGUGCACAAUUUAAUUUUAACCGCUCCGAGUACUCCAAGCUGUUAGACAGUAAAUCAAGAAACCAAUAUGAACAACAACAUACACCAGCAAUUGCUAGGAAACCGCCUCCAGAACUUGUCAAGUGCUACAACAUCGACAGCAGCGUCUCCGGCAUAAGUUUUGGUUGUGAAAAACCGGUGAUUACUAUCACGGACGACGAUCAUUAUGGAAACAUUACCAAUAAAUCGCAAUUGGUUGCGCAGUCGUCGGCUUUGAUAUCCCGUCCGUUGACCAAGGCAUUGCAGCAGCGUCAAAGCACAUGCAUAUAUUUAGACGAUAACUAUGCAAUGGUCUUUAACGAGAAAUGUGCACGUGCCCAUGAGCAGUCGAAAUUAGCCAAGCAAUUAGUUCUUGAGGAAGCUAAGAAAACAACCGAAGACCGUCGUUCCUAUGAGCAACAGUUGCGUGAAAAGCUGACCAAGCGACGUCUCAUUGGCAGAAGCAUAUUACUCGUGGACUCGUUUUUAACAGCGGAGGAUGCCGAGCCCGAAAUUCUGCCAUUCACGGAAGAACAUCAACAGCGUUACAAUGAGCUUGUCCAUGGCCCGGCCCAAAUGGUACUUGUUUCCAAAUUCAGUCUGAACAUAACACGCAAUGACAUUCGCACACUGAUAGGCAGCUGCUGGCUAAACGAUGAGAUUAUUAAUUUCUAUAUGAAUUUAAUCACCGAUCGUUCUCAGAACAAGCAGGGAAAAUUGCCAAGUGUUUAUGCAAUGAACACAUUCUUCAUACCGCGCCUCUUGCAGAACGGUCACAGCGCCGUGAAACGCUGGACCCGCAAAGUUGAUCUAUUCAGCAAGGAUAUUAUUCCAGUGCCAGUUCACGUUGGCGGUGUCCAUUGGUGCAUGGCCAUUAUUCACAUGAAGAAUAAAACAAUUCGCUAUUAUGAUUCAAUGGGCAAGCCCAACCAGAUGGUGUUGAACGCCCUGGAGACGUACUUGCGUGAGGAGUCGCUGGACAAACGUAAACUGCCAUUUGAUACCAGUGAUUUUAAGAUUGAGAAUGUGCAAAAUGUACCACAACAGACAAAUGGCAGCGAUUGUGGUGUCUUCAGUUGCAUGUUCGCCGAGUAUAUAACACGCAACAAGCCGCUCAACUUCUCACAGGAGCACAUGGAAUACUUCCGCAAAAAGAUGGUGCUUGAAAUCUGCAGUGGCGAGCUCUGGAUGUAAUGUUCCCUACACAACAAACAUUUUAUAUAUAUAUAUAAAGCAGAUAAUGUCCUUAUCAUUCAUAAGUUAAAGUAGACCUUCGAAGUUCUUUAAAAUAAUUUAUUUAUUAUGUCGAGGGCGCGAGAAAUAGCCAACGUCGUCUAUAAUUAAUAUUAGUUAAUCUUAGCAUAUACAGUUCUUUCACCAUUUCUUUUUGAAACAUUUUUUUUCCAUCGUCACGGGUUUACAACAAAUACACAUGAUACCAUACUAAACCAUACCAUACAUAGCAAUGAAAAAUUCAAAACAAUACUCAGUUCUGUUUGCUUUUUCUCUCCGUGUAAGUAAUUGCGGUGUACUAAAGUUUAGCAUUUAAGCCAUCAACUUAGAUAUACAUAGCAAGAGAUACAAUAAAACUACAACAAACUCAAUAAACUACUAUUGUAAUAACGUCAACCCGUGUAAUAAAUAAAGAAACAACACAA